AGGAUGUGCUGCGACUGGUGGACAUUCUAUGCGCAAAGUACCACGAGCACAGCAACAGUAUUGUUUACCCUAGAAACAGGGCGCUAGUAAUGUGGAUUUUUCUAUAGAGGAACUUGGAUAGCAAUUUUCAAAAGCUAUCUGUUGAGAUUUGUCUUUUUAACGUUUUGGAAAAGUGUUAAUUUUGACGCAUGAUAAACAACCUAAACUUAACCGCGACAAUGGGGCUUACUGGGUGUUAGCGAGUUGUUUUCACAACAGGGCCGUUUUCUGUUGUGUUGUGUACGCAAGAAAGAUGGAGUCAGAGGGAGCACUGAACAAUCAAAGGGAGCUGACAUCGAUCUGCUUCAAGGCCUUUAUGCUAAAAAAUAGUACAAAAAGUAACCUCAACCUGUGAGUAUUUGUAUGAUGAUGGGUGAUGCUAGCGUGUAAGUAAAGUGAGUAUGACACUUAUCUCCAACCUUUCCAGCUAUGAUCAUUUUGCACGGGUACUGACCAAGGUGAUGGAUGAGCGCCCAGAAAAUGUGGUUGACGUAAUUGAAGACAUGAGCCGUGAGGUGAAGCGGGGAUUGCUGAUGGACAAGCAGAGCACGUUGAGAGACAUACCUCUGGCGCCUGCUGCACAGCUCCUGGCUGAGCAGCAGAGGUUGCUGUUUUCACGGGGAGGGGGUGAUGAUGGUGACCAAGAGGUAACGUUAAGGUGGCCAGGGCUGCAUUCAGUACAGAACACGUAAUAGAACUCUCAAUUGAACGGAAACGGUGCUGUACUGAAUGACUAGUUGAAAAACAAACAUACACUAUAUAUACAAAAGUAUGUGGACACCCCUUCAAAUUAGUGGAUUCGGCUAUUUCAGCGACACCCGUUGCUGACAGGUGUAUAAAAUUGAGCACACUGCCAUGCAAUCUCCAUAGACAAACAUUGACAGUAGAAUGGCCCGUAUUGAAGAGCUCAGUGACUUUCAACGUGGCACCGUCAUAGGAUGCCACCUUUCCAACAAGUCAGUUUGUCAAAUUUCUGCCCUGCCCCGGUCAACUGUAAGUGCUGUUAUUGUGAAGUGGAAACAUCUAGGAGCAACAAUGGCUCAGCCGUGAAGUGGUAGGCCACACAAGCUCACAGAACGGGACCGCCCUCGGUUGCAACACUCACUACCGAGUUUCAAACUGCCUCUGGAAGCAACGAAAGCACAAUAACUGUUCAUCGGGAGCUUCAUGAAAUGGGUUUCCAAGGCCAAGCAGCCACACUCAAGCUUAAGAUCACCAUGCGCAAUGCCAAGUGUCAGCUGGAGUGGUGUAAAGCUCGCCGCCAUUGGACUCUGGAACAGUGGAAACGUGUUCUCUGGAGUGAUGAAUCACACUUCACCAUCUGGCAGUCCGAUGGACAAAUCUAGGUUUGGCGGAUGCCAGGAGAACGCUACCUGCUCCAAUGCAUAGUGCCAACUGUAAAGUUUGGUGGAGGAGGAAUAAUGUACUGGGGCUGUUUUUCAUGGUUUGGGCUAGGCCCCUUAGUUCCAGUGAAGGGAAAUCUUAACGCUACAGCAUACAAUGACAUUCUAGAUGAUUCUGUGCUUCCAACUUUGUGGCAACAGUUUGGGGAAGGCCCUUUCCUGUUUCAUGAGCGAGGUCGGUGUGGAAGAACUUGACUGGCCUGCACAGAGCCCUGACCUCAACCCCAUCAAAUACCUUUGGGAUGAAUUGUAACGCAGACUGCGAGCCAGGCCUAAUCGCCUAACAUCAUGCCAGACCUCACUAAUGCUCUUGUGGCUGAAUGGAAGCAAGUCCCGGCAGCAAUGUUCCAACAUCUAGUGGAAAGUCUUCCCAGAAGAGUGGAGGCUGUUGAUUCAGCAAAAGAGGGGACUAACCAUAUUAAUGCCCAUGAUUUUGGAAUGAGAUGUUCGAUGAGCACGUGUCCAUAUACUUUUGGUCAUGUAGUGUAUCUCAAAGUCUGUUCAAGAACGUUUUGUGAAAACGUGUUGUUCAGCGAACUGAAUGCACUAGUUACCACAGCCACAACGUGUAUUGUAAAAAUUCAUGGGGGAAAAAUUUGCUUUUUGGUCUUAAUUUAAGGUUAUGGUUAGGCAUAAGGUUAGCAGUGUGAUUAGGGUUAGGUUUAAAAUGAGAUUUUAUAAAUAUUACUUUGUGGCUGUGGUAACUAGUGACGACCCCGAUUUUGGUGGCUGUCCCCGGAAAUGUCGCUUGUUAGUCCUCAGAAUGAAAAAGCAACUCUGAAGUUAAAUUGAGGCUGAUAUAGCGAGCCUAUCAAUAAUCAAACGCUGUAUCCAAUCAGAUUUGCAUGUAAAAAUGAUGUCUAACCCUGUACCCAAAUCGUUUGCUCCAGCGGCUUUGCCGCUGACCUUUUAUGAAAACGUUUGAUCAGUGAUACAUUGUAACAAUCGCAUGAACAACCAUGCCCAUGGUCAGAAAGUGCAUCCAACAGCAUAGGCUACCAAACUUGGGUGUUUCAAAAAUGACUAGAUAGGCUAAGAUUAAGAAAACUGUGGAGGGGUCAAACAAGUAUUAAUACAAGUAUUUGAAAGUACUCACGGCCGGCCCGCUCAUUGGGCAGAUUGACGAGGGCGGCAUUUUAUGAGCUAAACUGACCAAUACCCACCACUAACAACAACACAUAAAACCUCACAUAAUUCUGUCCAAAAACAAUGACAAUUUCUCUCAACCAGUGGCAUAUGGGCUUUUUAGGUGAGCGCUAAUGCCGUCCUGUGAUAAGCAGUGACCACAUUGUCAAAGGCAGGGGCGCAAAAUAUUUUGGUUGUCCAUUCCCAGCGUGCAUCUUCAGGGUGCUGUUAGAGAGAUGCAUCGCUGCAGCGGUCCACCAACGUUCCGUAAAAAAAUCAAAAAAUAAUCUAACAUAAAUCAUGUAGCAGAUAUAGGAUAUGGUAGAAAGAGUAUGUGGCCUUUUCUGUAGCCAACCGACUGGAGAUAAUGUAUGACAAUGUAAUGAGACGGACACUUUUUACAUCAUGCAGGUUUCUCCAAUCAAAUAGUCAAACCUAAAUGGCGCUCAAGCAACAAAAAAAAGUGCUGUCAUGUUAACAAACAACAUAUCCUAAAAACAGAAGAGGUCAAAGUAAAAUGGACAAUAUGGAAUGGACAAUCACAACUGUUGUCCAGGAGUUUCACCCCAUUGUCAUGAUCAGUGUGGUUUCAUGUUUGUAUCAGUACAUUUUUGACAAGCUGAUCAUAGCGAAAAAGAAAAUACUUCUGCAUUUCCUGCUUUGUAAACACAUUGCAAAUAGGCUCACUAUAACUCCUGAUAAAGUUGGGUAGCUGAUAUUCAGAGCUUAAAUAGCCAAAUGGAUUAGUCACAUGAAUCAGGACUAAUAACGCGGAUGUAAUGGCCUGUUUUACAAACGGUGGGCCGAUACCACAUGGAGGGGCAUUUACAAAAUUCAUUGCGGGCUUCUUUUGGACUUCUUUUUGGGGUGUUUUACAAACGGUAAGCUUACCACAUAGAUGGGCAUUCAUAAAAUUCAAUUUCAGGCAACACUGUAGGCUACACCUCAGUAAGCACUGACCGACGCCGACGCCUUUUGGAUGUGUUUUUUGGUGCAGUUCAGGACCGGUCGACCGCCCUUGAUUUCCACAUUCACGGACAUCGGUUUUUGGUCCGGUCCGGAACAAAUCUGAACCAAUCAUAGACAUCUAUGUUUGGUUCAGAUUUGGUAUGGUCAAGAAUGGCCUUGAUUUCAAUGUCCAUGGUCAUUGAUUUUUGGUUCGGUCCGGAUCAAAUCUGAACCAAACAUAGACCAAUCAUAGACGUGUAUAAAUUACUUAUUUUCAACUUUCAUUCAGAACCAAAAAUUAACCUGAUUUCAACAUCCGGAAAAUACGUAUUUUAAACAUACAGAAAAUAUUUUUUCACCUUUCAUUUUGCUUACUGGGACUAUUCUAGUUUUCGGGGCAGCAUUGGUCUGGCAGAAUGGCAAGGACCGGCCCUGAUAAGUGCUAUAGUGAAAAUAUAGUUUUUUAUAUAUUUAUGCGCAGCGACACCCCUCAUUUUCUUUUCCAAAAUGUAGUCACUUUACCAAGAGGAGGAACUGGUAAGAGAACAAAUUAUGAUAGUGAUCCUUGCACAUUCACUUUACCAAGACUGAUUUGGGGAAUGGAUGAGCAUGUUGUAUAGUGUGAUCAAUAAUUAUUUAAAUGUGCCUGUGUCUCAUUAGGUAGAAACACCGCUCCCCAAUGUGAGUGAAGUUGGCUUCUUCCUGGAGCAGGCUGGAGUGGGACUGGGCAGAGAGGAGAUGCUGAGGGUUUUCCUGGCACUCAAGCAGUUGGUGGAUUCCCAACCACUAGCACGCUGCCGACUCUGGGGUAAAAUCCUGGGCACAGAGGGAAACUAUCUUGUUGCUGAGGGUGAGUACAGAGAUGGGGAGGAGGAGGAAGGGAUUAAUGAGGAAACAGCGGAAGACGCUGAAGGAGAACCUCGGGAUGAUGAUGAGGAAGCUGAGGUGGUAGAAGUGGUGAGUUACUGAAAAAACCUGUCUGACUGUAUGUUGCUUUCAUAUUACGUUUCUUCUUUUAUAAAACAUUUAUAAUGACUUUGCUUUUUAGAUUGAUACGCUCCCAAGAUCCACUUUCAAGCCGCCACCUGUGGUGCCAAAGGAGGACAACCGCACAGGUGUGAACAAAUUCACUUACUUUGUGUGCAGAGAGCCUGGCCUUCCCUGGAUGAGGCUGCCCACUGUCACUCCUACCCAGAUUACAGCUGCACGCAACAUCCGCAAAUUCUUCACAGGGAGACUGGAUACCCCCAUCGUCAGCUAUCCUCCUUUCCCUGGCAAUGAGGCCAACUAUUUGCGAGCCCAAAUUGCUCGCAUCUCUGCCGGCACACAGGUCAGUCCCCUCGGGUUCUACCAGUUUGGAGAGGAGGAAGGUGAGGAGGAAGAGGAGGGAGGCCGAGACAGUUUUGAAGAGAAUCCUGACUUUGAGGGUAUUCCUGUUCCUGAAAUGGCAGAAUCUCUAUCCACCUGGGUGCAUCAUGUACAGCACAUUCUCCAACAGGUAACUGUGACUCAAAAACAUUCAAUUUUUGGUGUGAUUUUGAGCAGCAAUUUUCAGGUAUACUCCAGACCAUUUUUUUUGCCCUGUAAAUUAUCAUAUGGCCUCUCCUAGGGUCGCUGUGUGUGGGUGAACCUGGCUGAGAAGCCUGAGGAUGACUUUGAGGAGGAAGCAGAUGAAGAGGGGAAGGAGGAGGCUGAUGAGCCUGAGCCAGAGGUGGGGCCUCCCCUCCUCACACCACUCUCUGAGGAUGCAGGUCAGUCUAUUCUAUUCUAGUCUGUGUUGGCCUACGAUAAGGUCAAGAUACAUUUUCACUCGAUUCUGGUAGUAUGCUGUCUAUUAUAGAAAAAAUGAUGUAUUAAACUAAUUUCGACUGUUUGCUUGCAUAUGCAUAUCAGAGAUUACCACCACCCCUCCCUGGAGCUCCAAGAUGUCCUCCACCCUCAUCUCUCAGUUUGCUAUUGCAGUGCUACGCUCCAACCUCUGGCCAGGGGCUUAUGCUUAUGCCAGUGGAAAGUAAGUUUAGUAUCUUUAUUUUCUGAAUAUUAUACAGGGAAUGUUUUGUUAUAUGUUGUUAUAACUGUGGCAUAGACAACAUCCCCAAUCAAAUAAAUGUUUUUGUUGUUUCCUAAUUUAGGAAAUUUGAGAAUAUAUACUUUGGCUGGGGCCUGAAAUUUGCAGGGGAAGUGUACACCCCAACUGUUCCAUCAAUGCCUCAGCGAGAAUACACCAGCGGGCCAGAGAUCACAGAGGCCCUGGACUCCAGUCUGGAGGAAGAGCAGGCACUGAAAGCAGCCCUGGAGGAGCAGAAGGCUGCCCAAGAUGAGACAGCGGGCCUGGGUGGAGAUGAAGAGGAGGAAGAUGAUGAUUGAUGAAGACUUUGUAGGAAACAGACACUACAUUACAAAAUUAGCAGUAUUUACUGUUGAC